CGAUGCCCGCGAACAACAAAAGCUCACUUCCUGUUUUCAAGUGAUCGACUUCCUCUUGUGGCGGUAGUGAAUAAUCCGAAAAGAAGUUCUAAAAUUAAGCCCAAAGUGCGUGAAUAUUAGCAAGUAAACUGGAUUAAGAAUCAACUAUCGUAACAGAUCACACGAUGGACCUCGAGCUAUCCUACCUUGAUCCUGCUUCCUAUGAACCAGUAUUCAUAUGCAACAUUUGUAACCGUGUACUAACGGAACCCGUAUGCCGUAAUGAACACAUCACACAGAACUUCGGACCCAACCCAUUGGACGUUGAUUUUGAAAAUCUGAUCAAAUCGACUGUGGUACGCAACAGUGGCGGGCAACCUUGUCCGACGGAAACGUCUUCUGACUCUGAAUUGGAGCAGGGUAAAGUGUGCGCCAUAAUACCGCAUCCAUCAAAAUCUCAAAGCCCUACACAUUUUUUGUGUCCGGAGUGCGGUGAGAUAACCCUCGACGCGAAAUGUAGAAAGGACCACAACUUCCAGACGAUGAAAGACAAAUGCCCUGUCUGUGACGUAGAAUGCAGCUCCCUGGAAUCAUUGAUACGACAUCGCAAAGAUUGCGUUCCGAUAGAAGAAUGUUUCAGCAAUACCACCGACUUGUUGUCAUCAGUGUCGCUGCAAAACCUUGGAGAGGAUAUGUACGGCACUGGACAGCCUGCUGGUAUGAACUUGCCGGAUAAUUUUGCUACUAUGGUUCAGAAAGGUACACUCGGAACGGGACAGUAUCAAGUAACGACCGGCUUUGUUGGCGACAACGAUCCAAUUAUGGAGCUGCUUGACACGGCUAUGGAUGGUGAUUUGAGUCUGCCUCUGUCGGAGGAGAUCGAUGGAGUUUUGGAAUGGGACGAUUCAAUGUCACUGGCAGUGCUAGAUCUUGAUAACGUAACAAGUGAAAUAUCAGUAUUCGACGAUUUCUUGAAAACUGAUAUGGAAAUGGUUGAAGUAUCCAAACCGGAAAUUCAAAGUCCACCGGUCAUCAUCGAGGAUAAGAUGCCAAUUCAAUUGCCGGCAGAAACCCGAAAACUUCUUCUCUGUAAAAAAUGCGGCGAAGAAUUCCCGGAUAUGGAUACAUUUGUGCCUCAUCACAUUUUGCACGGUUAUAGUGGAAGAUUUGAGUGUCAGUUCUGUUCGCGGCGUUACACCCGACUGCACUGGUUCCGAUUUCACAUGGAGACACAUGCAGAUCAGCUACCAGUCGUGUGUAAGUUUUGCGAUGACUAUUUUCUUUCAACCAAACUGCAUGACGAGCAUCUGCAAUCGGUGCACGACGUGGAUCAUGAUGGAAUGGAUAAAGUAUUGCUGUCACUGGAGGUCAUCAAGAACAAUCCAUUUUUGUGCAUGGGAUGUGGAAGGUGGCUUAAGUCUAAGAAGCACCUUGAAAUGCAUCAUCAGAUGCAUGCAUUGGCAAAAAGGAAAGUUGCCGCCGCAGAUGAGCCGAUUCCUACUUCGAUGAAUUCGACGCCAGCAUCAGCAGAUGUAUCGAAGCCAACUAUCCAUCGACGAAGUCCGUCUGCACUUGAUGUCUCACUCGGCCAAUCAUCCAUAUAAGUGUGAAGCGUGCCAUGAGCGAUUUCCGUCGACGUCACAACUGCAACAACAUAGCUGCAAGCGAUCUGUGACCAUCAGUACCAGCACUUACAAGUGCAACGAAUGCGGUAAAGUGUUCUCUCAAGCUGCUGGAUUGGC